GUGGGGCCGGGGGGGUGUAUGUGGUAUAUAUAGCACUGAGUCCAUGGGGGGCCAUAUGCGGACACACAGCCCCCUGCUGCACCCACGCAGGCCUGGCUGGACGGGGGCUGGUGGCCACGUGCCCCCCCUCCCAGCCCCCACAGCCAAGGCCAGGCGUUAAUGGUUAACCCCCGGCCCCCACACCUGCGUGGCUCCCAGGGGGGCUGGCACCCCAGGGUGCCCCACACAGGGCGCUGGGACCCCCUCGGCCAUGCCUGUGGGGUGCCCCCCACAGUGUGACCGCAGGGAGGGGUCCCGGCACCCCCCACCCCGCAAGGGCACCCCGCGCCCCCUGGCAGCACCCAGCUGGGUGCCGGCUGCCCCUUCCCAGGGGUGUCCUUGGGGUGGGGGGUGCCCCGAUAAGGGGGGAGAUUUAAGGCUGGCGACCGCCCCGUGGGCCCUCGCCGAGCCGUGAUCACAAUGCUGACGCUCCUUGUCCCCCUGCUGCUGGUGGCUGGCGGCUGCCAGGCCGCGGUGCUGCCAAAAGAGCCGCAGUCGCGGGUGGUGAACGGGGAGGACGCGGUGCCCUACAGCUGGCCCUGGCAGAUCUCGCUGCAGUAUGAGCGCGACGGCGCCUUCCACCACACCUGCGGGGGCACCCUCAUCGCACCCGACUGGGUGAUGACGGCUGCGCACUGCAUCUCCUCCACGCGCACCUACGAGGUGGUGCUGGGUGAGUACGACAUGAGCUCCGCCGAGGGCCCCGAGCAGCGCAUCCCCGUCGCCACCUCUGACAUCUUCGUGCACCCUAAGUGGAGAAGCUCAUGCGUGGCCUGCGGCAACGACAUCGCCCUGAUGAAGCUGCGGCACAACGCGGUGCUCAACAACCAAGUGCAGACGGGGCAGCUGCCGCCUGUGGGCACCAUCCUGCCGGACGGCUACCCCUGCUACCUGAGUGGCUGGGGACGUCUGUCCACUGGGGGCCCGCUGCCGGACCGGCUGCAGGAGGCGCUGAUGCCCGUGGUGGACUACGAGCACUGCACGCAGCCCGACUGGUGGGGCAUCCUGGCCAUCCGCACCACCAUGAUCUGCGCCGGUGGAGCCGAGAAGGCCGGCUGCAACGGCGACUCGGGCGGCCCCCUGAACUGCCAGGCCGCUGAUGGGCACUGGGAGGUGCACGGCAUCGCCAGCUUCGUCUCAGGACUGGGCUGCGACACCCCGAAGAAGCCCACUGUCUUCACCCGCGUCUCCGCCUUCGAGGACUGGAUUGCCGAGACCAUGAACAACAACUGAGCAGGGCAGCAGCAACCUCCCGGCAUCGCAGAGGGCAAAUAAACCUGCAGAGCUGGCA